UAAAAGAGAGCAACCCAAAGCUCUCACAAAAAGUCACAAUUCGUUCCAAAACUACAAGCAGCUCUCAUCACCAGCCCUCUAGCUCCGCCGCAGCUGUGAAUAUGUUUCCGCAGAAUAGGCAUAAUACGGCCAAUUCUGCCUCAUCUUCACACCACCAAAGCGGUACUUCCGGACCUGGAGUGGCUGGAACAAGUAAUACAAGUGGAAUGAAACUUGGAGCAACAAAUUCUGGUACGGGGGCAGUGAAGGAAUUGUUGGAUAAAGUAUACGAAGAAUUUGGAGUUUUACAACAACAACUGCAUAAUACGAGAAUUGAAUUGGAAAAGUGUCAACAGGAAAAGGAUGGUCUUCAAAGAUAUUCAAUGAUGAUGAAUGAAUCACUAUUUUCUUUGAACCUGGAAACUCAAAAGCAUAUAGAAAUUGGCAAAAGACUUUCUGGAAUUUUGACGCACGUUAUCCCAAUGCUUCCACAAGAACACCAAGGAUCUGCUGUGUCGGCGAUUGAAAGGGCCAAAGCUGUUGGAACACAAGAACUUUUAACCAAUCAUUUACAACAACAACAAUUAGCUGCUAUGAUGUCUGUUGCUGGACCCGCUGCAGCAGCUGCAGCAUUUAAUCCUGCAAUGAUGAUGGCUGGAAUGGGUUUAAAUUUAAAUGUAAAACCGGAGGAUGCAAUGCAGCAACUCUUCAACAAUAUUUUAAAAAAUCCAAUUUUGGCUGGAGCUAAUAAUGUUGCUGCUGGUAGUGGUGGUCCUCCACAACCUUCUUGUAUUCCUCAACAACUUCCAUCAAGUAAUCAUCCAUUAAUGCCUGGGCCGUCAUCUUCUUCGUCCGUUCCUCCAACUGGUGGUGGAGAUGAAGGCCGUCCAUCAACACAUCCUGGAAGAGCAUCUUCUGUUCUAAACAGUACUGGUGGAGGAGGAAGUAGGCCAAGAUCAGGCACUGGAACACCUGUUUCUUAUGCAAAGAGAACUAAAUUGGAACCUGAAGAUGGGGAUGGAGAAUUGGAAAUUGAUGUUCAAAAUGAUGAUGCUGGUUCCUCUGCGGCUUUAUCUCAUCACACCAACGGAAGAACUAGCCAACCUUUUCAUAAAGGUAAAGAUGAAAGAGACACUGCUUCAGCCUCAUCUCGUGAUUCUGCUACGCCUCGCUCUGGAAAACUACAGCUUGCUUCUACCCCUGGUUCUUCUUCUGGCUGUCCACCACAACCAAAUAUUCAGCAACUUUUACCUCCCGCUAUGGCAGAUUUCUUUGCAAAUAAUUAUGGAGCUAAUAGAUUUCCUGGGAAUUUUAACAAUCAAAUAUCGGGAUUAUUUGGAAUGACUCCUGGAGGAGGAGGAGGACAAUUAAAUCCUUCUUCUCUAAAUGCUUUAACAGCUGCAAUGACAACUAAUGGGAAAUCACCAGCUUAUGCUUUUAAGGUUGCGCCUGGUGAACAAAUAGCUCCUGUUUCUUUCCCGCCUGAUGUUUCUUUAGAACCGGAUGUGCCAAAAGGACUUCGCCGAAUUGGGGACUUACCUCAUGGAGAUGUUGUUUGUGCUGUUACUUUAGCUAAAGAUGGACGUCGUGUAUUCACUGGCGGAAAAGGGGCUGUAAAAGUUUGGGAUAUUACUGAACGAAUAUUUAAUUCAUCAACAGCAAAUGCUUCAAAUGAUACUUCAAGUGGUGAUGAUAUGGGGGGAGUUGGAUCUGUUGAAACUGCUAGUAAUGGAGGUGGUGGUGGGAGGGCUGCAAGUACAGAACCGUGGUUGCCUGUAGCUACUUUUCCGUGCCUAAAAGAUAGCUAUAUUCGUUCAUGUAAAUUAUUUUCUGAUGGAUCAACUUUAAUUGUUGGAGGGGAAACAAAAACAAUUUGUAUAUUGGAUGUUGAAAGAGGAGGGGAAAUAAAACAAACAUUUGAUUGUGAAGCAGAAGCUUGUUAUGCUUUAGCUAUUUCUCAAGAUUGUAAAACUUUGUUUUCUUGUUGUUCUAAUGGUGUUGUGAAUGUUUGGGAUUUGACAUCUGGUGAAAGAAUUGUUCAAUUAAUUGGGCAUUCUGAUGGGGCUAGUUGUGUUGAUAUAAGUGGUGAUGGACAGAAGUUGUGGACUGGAGGGCUGGACAAUACUGUUAGGUGUUGGGAUAUUGGGGCUAGACAACAAAUUGAAGCCCAACUAUUGGAAAGUCAGAUUUUCUCACUUGGUUGUUGUCCAACUGAUAAUUGGGUUGCUGUUGGAUUGGAAGACAGUAAUGUUCAGGUUCUAAACAGCGAACCUACGAGCGAAAAGUAUUUAAUUAGUGCUCAUCAAAGUUGUUGGUUUGUUUCCACUGGAAAAGACAACGUUGUAAAUUGUUGGCGCACACCUUAUGGUUACAGACUUAUAAAAACAAAGGAAGUAAGUUCUGUUCUAAGUUGCGACAUUUCUGAAGAUGAUCGUUUUCUUUUAACUGGAUCGGGAGAAAAAAAGGCAUCUCUAUAUGAAUUGAGCUUUUAA